AUGGCGGCCAACGUGAGCGCGGCGGCGGAGGGGGAGGAAGCGGCGGUGCGGGGACACAACCUGCCGGCCCUGUUGUUCGGGGUGCUGCUGAUCGUGGUGAUCAUCUGCGGGAACCUGCUGGUGUGUCUGAGCGUGUUCACCGAGAAGGCGCUGAAGACCACCACCAACUAUUUCAUCGUCAGUCUCGCGGUGGCGGAUCUGAUGCUUGCGGUGCUCGUGCUGCCGCUUUUCGUUUAUUCCGAGUUCCAGGACGGUGUGUGGACCCUCAGCACCACUGUCUGUGACGGCCUGAUGACCAUGGAUGUGAUGCUGUGCACCGCCUCCAUCUUCAACCUUUGCGCCAUCAGCGUCGACAGGUUCAUCGCAGUGUUAAUCCCUCUCAACUACAACAGGAAGCAUGUGGACCUGCGGCAGGCGGUGCUACUAUCAGCCACCUGGAUCAUGGCCUUGGCGGUGGCCUCACCCAUCAUAUUCGGCAUCAACAAUGUGGCAGGCCGUGACCCCACCGAGUGUAAACUAGAAAACGACGACUACGUCUUGUACUCAUCCGUGUGCUCCUUCUUCAUUCCAUGUCCCAUCAUGCUGCUGCUGUACUGCGGCAUGUUCCGGGGCCUGCGGCGCUGGGAGGAGGCACGUAAAGCCAAGUUGAAGAACAGCAUUCAGGCCUGCCGCAAACUUCAAGAGGCUGCCGCCUCUCUGCCACCGCUGGCCUCACUGCCGCCACCGCUGCCACCCAUCAUAGAGAGGGAAUUGACAGAUAAUCCAGAUGAGCCGUCCACCUUCCCGUCCACAGACAAACCCUUCCCUUCAUCAGAGUGCAAAGACAGUCCCCUGCCGACCAUCAGCUUUGCAGAGAUCAAGUUCAACCCUGACCCUCAUAGGAGGAAGAGGGCCAAGAUCAACAGCCGGGAGAGGAAGGCCAUGAAGGUGCUUCCUGUCGUUGUGGGUGCCUUCCUGUUCUGCUGGACUCCCUUCUUUGUCCUCCACACGAUGCGAGCUCGCUGUCAGGACUGCCACAUCCCACCGGCCCUCAUGAGUGUAGUGACAUGGCUCGGCUACGUCAACAGCGCUCUCAACCCUGUCAUCUACACCGUCUUCAACACAGAGUUCAGGAACUUCUUCAAAAAGGUCCUGCAACGCUGCUGCUCCAAGAACGCUGGAUGAGGAUGCCACUGCUGCUGCCGCUGCUUCCGCUGCAUGGACGACUUUUCUGCUGCAGGAGACGCUGCUGUUUAUUUAGUGUCUUUGGUCUGUGUACGCUGCCAUUGUUUCCGUCCUCUGUGAGGUUU